AUGACAUACAUUAGUUACCUUUCGGUUGUAAACGAUGGUUUACAAAAUUAUUCUCUUUAUGAACAAAUAAAUAACACAGCUUAUCAAGGUAUUCCAAUUUUUAUAAACUAUACAAGCCAAAUUGAUCAAGGUUUAAUAUCUUCAAUAAUAAAUACAACUGUUGAUAAUAGUACUAGUUCAAUGUCAUUAUAUUCAUUUGAAUUGUCUUAUAGUGACAUUGGAUUCAAGUAUGAUUCUCAAUACUUAAAGUAUUCCUAUGGGGAUGGUAUAUUUGGUGAUAAUAAAUAUCAAGUAUUUCCAUUUGGAUUUUCAAGUGGAAACAAUUUAAACUACAAAAUAAAAAUGUCUUUACCAACUCGUGGUUUUUCAAAUAAAAAUUAUUUUUACUUGCAUAUGACCUUUCUUUCUGGAAAUGGCCCAGAGUUGCGAGUGACACCUUCAAGUUUUGUCAAUGACACAACUAAACCAAUCUUAAAAUCAUAUGAAACCAUAUAUUUAAAUAAUUUUAAUUAUUUAAUUAGAUUUAUGAUAUCAGAUACAUAUGGUUUAAAUUAUUUUCAAACUAUUAUUGAUAAUAAUGUUUUGGAAUUUCAUGUAGACUCAUUGAUUUCUGGUGAUAUUAAAAAUGGUGUUUUUGAAAUAUUAUACGAUGCCGUUAAAUAUGGUUCAACAAAAAAUUCAAUAAGUUUUUAUAAUCACUUAGACUCAUCUUCAGUUUAUAGUCCAAAUCGAGACUACUCCAUUUUAUCACAUACUAUUCAAGUAAUUUUCCCUUCAAUACAAUUAAAAAGUGUUGACCAUUUAAAAGAUAUAAAAGAUAUUUCUUUUAUGUUUAAUGAUGUUGAUAUUACAGAUCAAAUAGUUGAUAAUAUAAUAUAUUUUAGUUUUAAUAAUAUAGAUAAUUAUAAGAAUUUACCAAUUGGUUUUACAUUAACUGACCCAAGAACACUACAAGAUAGUGAUUUUAUUAAUGAAUAUAAUCAAGUUAGUAUUUUAAACUCAGUUUACAGUUUUGCAAUUUGGGAUGAAAUAAAUUCAAGAUUUUAUAUUAAAUUUAAAAUACCAGCAAAUACAUCACCAGGUGUUUUAGAUUGGAUGUUAAUAUUUAAUAAAGAGAAUUAUAUACUUAAUACUCAAUUAUCUGAUGAAUACCAAUUAAGAAUUGAUAAUACAAAAUUCGAUAGUUAUGGUCCAAUAGUUACAAGUAUAGUUAAAUAUCCAGACACAACAUUAGGAUGGUUAUUUACAAUUGAAGAUGAAAUUAAUGGUUUCAAAGAUGGAUAUGUUACUAUUAGAGGUUCGAUUGAUAGUUCAUUAUAUAAUUAUACAUUGGAAUUAAGUGAUAUGGUAGUUGGUAGUGGUGAUAAAUGGAAAGGAAAUUAUAUAAUAAGUAUACCAUAUAUUUUAAAUGAUUGUGUACCUCAAAAUUAUGAAAUUUAUUAUGCAGUUUUCAUUGAUACAUUUGGUAAUGUAAAUAAAUAUUAUAAACGUCUUACAAAUAUUGAAUUGGAUGGGCAAAUUAGCCUUGACUCAAGUGCGAAUCCAUUUAUUAAUUAUCUUAAUGAUAUGUCAAUAUUACAAGUUUCAACAUUAAAUAUGUGUAAUCAAAUUGAUUCACCACUACCAGAGUUAAAAAGAUUUUGGGUAUCAAGAUCAUCUAUUGAUGUUGGGUCAUUAGAUAGAUUAAUAGUAUUUGAUUUUGAUGCACAGGAUUUAGACGGUUUAAAAGAUGAUCAAUAUCCAAUAGUAUAUAUAACAGAUAUGAAUUCAAGAAUUCAUGAAUGUAUUUCAACCAUUGUUACAAAGAAUAGAACAGAUAUUGAAUACACAUGCACAAUGGAAGUACCAAUUGGAUUUUCACAUCCAUAUGGAUUUUUAAUUUCAGUUUAUGGAUUUAUUAAUAGAGGUGGAUCAUAUAGAGGUUAUAGCGCAAGUGAUUUAAAAGAUUCAGGUUUUACUUGGUUUGUAGAAACAAAAGAGUUUUCAGUAACUCAACCAAUCAUUACUGACUCAUCUGCUAUAGAUAAUGAUGGUGGUGAUCUUUGGUUAUAUGGUAGAGGUUUUAAAUCAACCAAUAAAGUUGUGAUAUUAUCAAGUAAUGGUGAAUCUUAUUCUUCAGCAAUGACAGUACCGAGUGAUUCUGUAAUUUUAAUUAAAAAUAUUAAACCAACAAACGAUUCAAUCAAUGUACAUUUAACCAAUAUUCAGCAACCAACUAUUCUAUCAAACACUUUUACUAUUUUCCCAAAAGUUUAUUAUUUCAAUUAUUCAGCACCAACUCCAACACCAACAAGUACCAUUUCUCCAACACCAACACCAACUAAUAAACCUCAAAUUUGUUUAGGUAAUCCAGUAUGUGGCGGUUCAGAAAAAGGUUAUUGUAAAGAAAAUGUUGGUUGUAUUUGUUUUUCUCCUUAUGUUGGCUUAGAUUGUAGCUCUAAAGUUAUAAUUAUACCACAACCAAAACCAAAUGAAGAUAAACCAACUACAAUUAUUGAUAAUAAAAAUAAUAAUUCUAGUAAUGUUAAUAAUAAUUACCAAGUUACAAGUAACAUAUCAAUUAUAGCAAUUAGAGAAGUUAACUCAAUCAAUGGUGAACAAGUUAAAAUUCAUUAUAUUGAUAAAUGGUAUUAUAAUAGUAUUUCAUCAACAAUAUCAAAUUAUCAAUCAACAAUUAUAAAUAAUAACAUAACAACAACAAUUAAUGUAACAUUAGAAUGGUUUGAAAAAAAAAGUAAUAUUACAUUUGCAAAUCAAGAAUUAAUAAUGAAUCCAUCAACAAUUAAAUAUACAGUAGAAUUAUCAUCAUAUAAAUUCUCAAAUAAAUUAAAUAAUUUACAAGUUAUAAUUGAAGCUCAAAUUCAAUCAAAUGAAAAAGAUAUUUGUUCAGGUAAAGAAUUUGGUGAUACAACAUUAGAUAAUUCAAAUUAUAUUAAACUUCAAGUUUCAAGUAAUAGUAUUUAUGGUAGAUUCUUAAAACGUGGUAUUGUUGAUGGUGAAACAGUAACAAUCGCAAAUGAAUUAUUAGAUUCAAAAUUAAAUUCAAUAUCAAAUGAAAAUAAUGUACAAUCAUAUAUUGGUAUUGUGGUUGGUCAAUAUGAAACCUCUGUAAUUAUAGAUCCUGAUUUUUCACUUUUAUUAGAUAAUCAAGCUGUAAAUUCUAAUUCCCCAAAUUCAAUUUGCUCAUCAUCCGGAUCAUCUUUAACCAAAAGUCAACUAGCUGGUAUUAUUGUUGGUUCUAUUGUAUUUUUCAUAGUUUUAGUUAUAAUUGUUGGAAUAAUUCUCUUCUCAAAAUCAAUUCAUAUUAGAAUCAUUAUUUAUAAAAUCUUCAAAAAAUCAAAGAAGACUUAUUGA